UCGUCAUCGUCAUCAGGGCGUGUGCCAGAGCUGCAGUUGUUGACACCGGCGUGUUGUCAUCCUCCGACCCGGGUUGCGGAGCCUGCGUCACGGAUACGGCUACGCGCGUUCACCGUGAGGCGGCCUCAUGAGUGAAAGCGUGAAAGAAAAAAAAAAGAAAGUAGGCGCGGUCCUCCGUGCAUUUAGCGAAUUUUCCCCGUACCAUGUCCAACAAGGGGAAGACGUUCGAGUCGGUCCGGGUGGUGGUCCGCUGCCGACCGCCCAGCAACAAGGAGGCGACUGCCGAGAAUGGACGCACCAUCCUGGAAGUGGACACCGAGUUGGGCCGCAUCUGCGUCCGUAACCCGAGCGCGCCACCCGGCGAGCCCGCUAAGGAGUUCACCUUCCAUUCAGUGUUCGGCUGGGGGUCCACCCAGAGCGAGGUGUACGACGACGCAGUCAGACCCCUGGUGGAUUCGGUUCUGCUGGGCUUCAAUGGCACGGUUUUUGCCUACGGCCAGACCGGGACGGGAAAGACCUGGACCAUGAGGGGGGUGCCGGCCGACCCAGAGAAGCGGGGCGUCAUCCCCAACGCCUUCCACCACAUCUUCGCGCACAUCUCGCGUACCCGGGGACAGAAGUACUUGGUCCGGUCCUCUUACUUGGAGAUCUACCAGGAGGAGAUCCGGGAUCUGCUGAUGGAGAGAGGCCGAAAACUGGAGUUGAAGGAAAGCCCACAGGAGGGCGUCUACGUCAAGGACCUGUCCUGGGUGGUCACCAAGGACCCGGCUGAGAUGCACCACCUACUGAUGAUGGGCGACCGUUCCCGCUCGGUGGGCGCAACCAACGCCAACCGGUGUAGCUCGCGCUCGCACGCCAUCUUCGCCGUGACGGUUGAAUGUGGGUCAGAGUCUGAAGACCCGGUCCGCGUGGGGCGCCUCAACAUGGUGGACUUGGCCGGGAGUGAGCGCCAGAGUCGAACCGGCGCCCAAGGCGGCCGCCUGCGCGAGGCAGCCAAGAUCAACCUGUCACUGUCCGCCUUGGGUAACGUCAUCUCGGCGUUAGCGGACGGCAAGGGGGGCCACGUCCCCUACAGGGACUCCAAACUCACCCGGCUCCUGCGGGACUCGUUGGGCGGCAAUGCCAAGACGGUCAUGAUCGCCACAGUAGGGCCCUCGGGGCGUGACCGCCACGAGUCUCUGGCCACCCUGAGGUACGCCGGCCGGGCCAAGAACAUCAAGAACAAGCCCCGUGUCAAUGAGGACCCAGAGGCCGUCCUCCUCAGGGACUUCCAAAAGGAGAUUGCCAGACUCAAGGCCCUCCUGGAGGAGCGAGGCGCCCUGGCCAAGGAGCGGCGGCAACGGCGGAGGGAGAGCAAGAGACUCAGCAGGGACCUCACACAACUUUGGAAGGAGGACGAGGGGGAAGACAGCGGCGGGCCCUCGAAGUGGCGACACUCUGCUGGGAAAACGGAUGACGGACAGUGGGAUCAGGAGGCUGUGGAGAAGAUCAUCGAGAAGUACAAGGCUAUGGAGAGCAAAUUGCUUGAAGGAGGCAAGACCAUCAUGGAUCACACCAACGAGCAACAAAAGUUGCUUGAACAGAAACGGCAGGAGAUCACCGAGCAGAUCUGCCGGGAGCGGCAGAUGCAGCAACAGGUGAUGCUGCGGGACGAGGAGACGCUGGAGAUGAGGGAGACCUUCUCCUCACUGCAGCAGGAAGUGGAGAUGAAGACCAAGAAGCUGAGGAAGCUGUACACUAAACUCCAGCUAGUGUGGGCCGAGACGCGUGACGUGAUGGACGAGCACGUCGCGACCAGGCAGGAACUGGAGCAAACGCAGGAUGAACUCACCCGAGAGCUCAAGUUCAAAUCCCUAUUGAUGGAGAACUUUGUCCCCCCUGCCGAAAAGAAGAAGCUGAUCAACAGACUUCACUUUGACGACGAGGAAGAUCAGUGGAGGCUGAUGUCGGUCAUCCCAUUGGAAAGCACGGCCACUCGAGUGAAGCGAAGGCCUCUGUCCGCCGUGGGAUACAAGCGUCCAAUCAGCCAGCAUGCACAAGCGGCCGUCGCCACGGCAACAGGAGCCCCGUCCAGAUAUCAGGCUGAAAACGUCAUGCUACUGAAGCUGGACGUGUCUCCGCCCAGCAUGUUCACCCUCAACCUUCACGGGUCUCGAUUGGAGAGGGUCUUCUCCCCCACCUUGAUGUCGUCAUGCGGGUCGGAUGUCGUCAUGCGGGAGAGGACCCGGUCAUCGACACGGCUCAGGAAGUCAAGAUCCUGGUAUCAGGCCCCACAAGCGACGUGCAUUUCUGCAUCCGCGUCAUCCACCGCCCUGACGUCACUCCCUCAGGGUCCGUGUCACAGACCCAGACCAUGCUCGGCCGUCUAUCUCGCACCCGAGGCCUCGCUUCGAACCAGCCCCUGAGUAGGAUCUGGCACCGCAUAUUUACGACGCCAGUCAGCAUGAGGAUCUACUUAGUAGAUUCUACUACAUUGAUGCUACUUCCUAACAAAGUGGAUGUCAGCAAAAAGCACAGCCAAAGCUUCCAUGUUUUUAGCCUUUCAUUUGCAUAUUUUGGAGUCCUGUAUUGGUGAUAUUGACAUGUAUUGCUUGCUACGGUGAGGCAAAUAUGGUUUGUAUGAGAAAUGCUUGCGCUGGCUAUUUAGCUGCCUUAUUUUUAUACAUGAGCAACAUUGUCACAAGUAAAUUUACUGUAUUGUACUUAAAUGUGAAAAUAAAAAUGUUGAUGCAAAAAACAGCA